GCUUCGACUCGUGUCGGCGCUUUUCACGAGUCAACAGCAGGCGCCUCUGCCUCUGCCUGCGUCGCAAGGUCAGCGAGGUAGACCCUCGGUGAAAACAAGACAAGAAAAAUAAAGCCCCCCACCUCCCACCUUCCGCACUGGGCGACGGCAGCGGCGGUCGGCAAGGCAAAUAGACGCGUCGAUGCCGAGCGCCGAGUCGCGACACCAACAACACGAUCAACGACGACCACCGAGAUUCGAAUGGGGCAAGGCAAAAUCAGUAGAAAAGGAACCAUGUUUUCCGCGCCUCAAUUCGAAUCACCCUGACGGACGACACACCUGAAAGUCGUUAUAGCAACCAGACCUUAUUUGCAGGUUGUUUGGUCAAUAAACGUGUUUGGUAGAGUGGAGCUUGAAGACGGGCAGCAGAUCUGUGACUGGGGUGAUCAAACCCUGUCUGAAGUUUUCAGUUUUCUGAAGACUGAGGACUCGCCACUUUUCAGUAAUUUCCUGACAGAACCUCCACCAUGGCAAAGAAGACGAAGAAAGAAAAGGCAAAGGUUGCCGCCCAGAAGGCGGAACUCGCUCGGAUCGAGGCUGAGAAGGCCAAAAUCCAGAUGGUGGUCGACGAGCGCGAGCGGCUGCUCCAGGACCGCGUGAUGCUGGUGGAGAAGGCCCGGCAGGAGGACGUGGUGCACGAGGAGCGGCGGCGCCAGCUGCAGGAGACCGCCACCAUGCUGGCCGACAUCGAGGACGAGUACGGCGCCAAGCUGAGGGCCGACCUCUGCAAGCAGGAGUGGGAGCAGUUCAUGAAGUGCGACCGGCUGCCCGACCCGUCCUCGCCGAGCCAGAUGAACACGUACCUGUACGUGUGGCGCGAGACGGACCGACUGAACAACAUCGAGGAUGCCACCACGAAGACGUCCGAAGUCCUCAAGCUGCUGGACGCCCUCGGAGACCUGAUCGAGGCCCCGCCGCCCAACGCCGCCAAGAAGAAGGUGGACCUCUGGAUAGAGAUGCGCGACCUGGUGCGCGCGGAGCAGCAGAGGCACCUGGACGCGGCGGCCUACCGCCUGCUGCGCCGCCUGGAGUCGGACUUGGAGGCCGAGAGCCUGGAGAUCGUGCGCUACUACAAGGCGUGCGAGCACUUCAAGCUGUGCCUGUGGGCGCAGCUCAUGCUGCCCGUGGCCUCGUUCAAGCCGGACGACGACACCAGGCCGGCGAUCCAGUGCGAGUUCUCGCAGCUCGGCGUCAGCAUGCAGCUGCCCAAGUCCCUGAACGACAUCCCGCUGGCCGUCCGCGCCAUGUGGGUGCAGUACGACCACUACUCGGACCGCUGCCCCUCGUACCACUGCGCCGAGCUGCCCGCCAGCCAGCGCCUCGACAUGCUGGACGCGGCGGAGGAGGAGUGCUCGGUGCAGGCGUCCCUGCGCGAGGAGAUCACCGCCGACCUGGAGCGGCGCCUGGCCGUGGUGGAGCGCCUCGUCAAGGAGGUGCAGGCGCGGCCGCCGCCCGGCACGGAGAGCAAGGACAAGCCGCCGCCGCCGCCGUCGCCCGAGCUGGACAACUACGAGGCCGGCGAGCCCAUCAAGUCGCCCUCGCAGAUGAUGAACGUCAAGGACGGCGAGCGCGAGCGGGGGCUGCGGGCCGAGCUGCGGAUGCGCCUCGCUCCGCAUGAGGUGAAUCUGCGCGAGAUGGCCGUGCUGGGCGGCACGCUGCACCUGGACCUCGCCCUGCAGCCGCCGCAGCCCCGGGACAUGCGCACUAGGCUGACGAUCACUGUGCUGGAGGGCGCACACACGCUGCAGCCCGUGCCGUACCACCAGCCCUACCAGCCGCCCGCGCCGCCCGAGCCGGGUCAGGUGCGCCUACCCGAGGAGAUCGAGGCCGAGCUGAAGCAGGCCGAGCGGGAGCUGGAGGCGCUCGUGCUCAUCAACAUCCUGCUGCCGGAGACGCUGUUGUGGUUCGAGCCGCCCACCGUGGUCGGCUGGGACGAGGAGAAGGGCUUCUGGACCACCGAGGACUACCACGACAUCAAGUUCAACGAGGAGAAGCAGCUGCUCACGUUCCGUGCGGGGCGCAUGAGGCCGCUGGGGCUGGCCGUGCACCGCUACACCAACCUGCCGUACCAGGGCUGGGAGGUGAAGCCCGACACCAAGUCCGCCCCCAGCGGCGCCGCGCCCUCCGCCGUCAUCCUCAGCAUCACGGCGGCCGUCGUCAUGGUGGAGCUGUGCAUUCGGGACUCAGAAAUGUGCCUGAAUCAGCUGCAGAACGGGCCGAACAACGCGCUGCUCGACUUGGUGGGCAAGUUCAUGAAGCCGCGGGAACUUUUUAAGCUGCUGAGGGACGGCGGGCUGGACCUGUGCCCCGGCGACGACGCGGGAUGCUACCUGGAGGGCAUGGCGCCCAAGCACCGGCCCACCGAGAGGCACCUGUACCACACCAUGGCGCUGCUCAGCAACACGUACAACUUCACGUGGUCGCGGUGGAACCAGCAGGCCGGCACGCGCAACGUCGUCAUGCAGUUCCGCGAGUACAUCGACCGCAAGAAAGUGGGGAACUUCAACAUGCUCCUGGUGACACCCUCGCACGCCACCAUCCCGGACUGCACCGAAGUGAGCCCGCAGUUCAACACCAAGAGCGCCGAGGGCUUGCCGUUCUACGCCGACCUGUUCCACUUGGUGCAAGACCACUGCUCGCUGCUCACCAAGACCCGCAUCGAGGAGAUCCCCUUCACCUUCGUGGAGACCAUGUACGACGUGCUGCGGGCGGUGCGGCUGCUCAGCUCUUCGUGAACAGGGCCCAACCAUUUUAUUGCAUCAUAACCAUUUUGACAAUCUGGAAAAAUACCAAGGUGGAUUUUUAAAGACAUGAAAAUAAUUUUUUAAAUAUUGUACAGCUUGCCAUAACAUGUAUUUUUAACACUUUUCUAAAAAAUAAAA